CCCCAGAUAGCAGAGCCCGUUCUGCUGCUUUGUGCAGAGGUGUGCUCAGCAAAACAAUCUGGAAAUGACAGGAAAUCACCCGUCAGUAUCCUGGAGGCCAGUCAACAGUGAGGAAGGACACCGGAUGAGUUGGACCAAGCCUUGUGGUUGGCUGUUGGUAGUGCUAAUUGCUCCCCUGGCAUGAGGUUAGACAGAUCUUAACCUUCGAGACCAAGAACCCCACGGAGCUGUCGGAGCGCCUGCGCGCCAUCUGUGGCAACCAGAGCAACGCCUACGCCCGCCUGCUGGAGUACCGCCUGAAUGCGCUGCGGGGCCUCUGGAACGCCCAGCGCCAGCUGGCCCUGGAGGAGCAGCACGAGCGGGAGAGCUCGGGCGAUGAGGAGGCGCUGGCCCUGCUUAAGCGGCAGGGCCUCCUGCAGCAGUCGGAGCAGGCGCCCUUCACCUCCCGCAUGGGCCUGCUCCUGGUCUUCCCGCUGAUCGAGUCCCAGAGCAGGACCGACCCUUCCUUGGGCAACGUCACCGCCGAGGUGCUCCUCUCCUGCCUCCGGGACUGCCAGCCCCUGAGCCUGACCAAGGAGCCCGCCGACUGCCUGAACGGCAUCGAGGCUCUGCUCUGCUCCUGGCUGGAGGAGGCCUCGCCCUGCGGCCAGCAGAUCCCCCACCGGCAGAAGGAGAACGCCGCCGCUGCCCUGGUGGCCUUGGCCUGUGCCAGGGGCUCCCUCAAAACCUUUGUUCACACCGUCCAUCUCCUGCAAAAACAGACCGAUUUAGGAUCCCUGCCUGUGGCUGAUGUGUUGUACAGGCUGCUGCUUUUAGAAGGCGGACCUGGAUCCCCCUCCUGCUUGCUAGGGGGCAAACACCUGGUGUCCUGGGGUUUUGAGGACAUGCUGCCAGCACCUGAUGCUAACCCUGGCUCUGGCUCAGAAAACAAAGAUGCAGACUUAGGCCGCUGCCUGGCAGUGGAUGGACUUUAUCUUUACACCACCAACUCCGUUGGCCGGGGAAUCAGCAAAUUAGGCUCUGGAUUACACGGUACUUUACGAGGCUUUGUCUACUCCCGCAACGAGGAACUGGAAUCCGGCUGGGUGGCCUUCGGCAACGGCCGGCUGCUCCACAGGCCGGUCUCCUUUGACAGCAAACCUCACUCCCUUUUCCAGGUCAUCGAUCCGAACACCCUUCAGGUGUGCCAGCUUCUCCCAAUGCCCCCCGAUCACUUUCCCAUAGGCAGCACCAUGACCACGGUCCACCUCUCUUCGGACGGGACCUACUUCUACUGGAUCUGGUCUCCUGCAAGCUUGAAUGAAAAAACCCCCAAGGGCCACUCGGUCUUCAUGGACAUCUUUGAAGUCAAGGGGGACAACGGCCUCUGCGUCGCCAGGCCCCUCCAGGAGCGCCUCAUCCUGAUGAGGAAAGAGGGGGACUCGGCCAAGAGCAUCAACGAGAUGCUGCUCAGCAGACUGUCCAGGUACAGAGCCUCCCCUUCGGCCACCCUGGCCGCGCUGACGGGCUCCACCAUCUCCAACACCCUGAAAGAGGACCAGGCAGCUGCUAACACUAGUUGUGGUCUGCCUCUCAAAAUGCUACGGAAGACCCCGAUCUACACCUGUGGGACCUACCUGGUGAUGCUAAUCCCGCCUCCGGGAGGUUCCGGCAGUUCUGCCACCCGGUCUCUCUUCGGGGGAAGCAGCGGUUUGUCAUCCUUGAAAAUCCUAGCUUCCAGCCUGGUGUACAAUCUGUCAGAUGGGCAGUUUGCAAGCCGAGCGGACCUCAUCGAUGCUGCUGGGAGCUCCCUUGGACGCGGGGCCCUUGUCCCUGGCCUAGGCGCCUGCUACGACGCCAUGAACAACAUGAUCUGGACCUGCUCCAACGACUACAUUGACCAGUGGUGCAACCCUGGGAACCAAGCCUUCCACUACAUCUGCCAGAGGCUGGGAGUCAGCCACGUCAUCUUGGAGCCGCAAGGAGACGCCAUCGCCACCAACGAGGUUAUCAAUCAGCUCCUGCACCACGUGGGCGCCAUGUGCAUCCAUCAGCUCAACCUGCUGGCGGCCAGUAACAACAUGCCGAUCACGAAUUUCCUGGCUAAGCAACACCCGAUCGAAGCCCAUCACCUCAGCAGCAUUUGCGACAUCAUGGAGAAAGCCAUGGUCAACGGCGACACCUGCAUCAUACGCUGCAUCCUGGUGGUCUUUCAGGUGGUUUUUAAAUUUUUCUUCAGCCCCCAAACAGAGAAGAAUCGGGAGAUCGUCAGGCGAUCCGGCCUUUUGCUUUGGCAGCUUCUCAUGGCCCCAGUCGACCAGAUCAGCCCUGAAAUUCAGAAGGAGGUCUGCUUGGCCAUUAGUUCUGGUCUGAGCAUCCUGUACCCCGGAGAAACAGAAAUUAACAAUCUACUGAAACUGGUCUUAACCGAAGGAGACAGGAACAGCGGCCUGGCCCAGCUUCGAGAUGUGAUCCUGACCAACAUGGCUGAACAGCUCCAGAACAACCGAUUUGGAAGUGAAGACGACGAGCACUGCAGGCUGAACGACGAACUUUUGCACUACAUUCUCAAGAUCGUGGUCCGAGAAUCUUGUGUCUUAAUCACCAAGUGCCAAAUCGUCUCUCGAGAUGAAUUCCAGAGGCUUCUCUCCACUGUGCCUGCCGCCUCUGCCUGCCUGCGGUACCUGAUGGCUGUACAGAACCACCUUCUGAGUAAUACCGUUUUGAUUAAGCCUGACGAAAGCGAUGACAGUGACAGCUCCUUGCAGGGAGAGACCUUGAAGGUACAGGAGCUCAAGACCAGCAUCUUGGCUCUGGCCAUGCAGAUCCUCACGGGGUGCGAUGAAGUCCUGGAGAAGCUGCAGCAGGUCACCACCGCCCUGAUCAACAGCGACAUCCCGGACAGGGAGCAGAGGUUGAAGGGCCUGGAGCAGGUGACCAAAGCCACCAUCCUGGGCCACCUGCUUCCAGUGCUGCUGACCUCCCUGAUGCAUCCAAAUCUCCAGACCCUGAUGGUGGCCGAUCCGCUCAUGCCUCAGCUGGUGCAGCUGGUCCUCUACACCAGCCAGACGGCCUUGUUGCUGAAAACGCAGUCUCCGGUUUUCUCGGACGCCAGCGGUUCUCCUGCAGGGGCCUCUGAACCGAGGAGCAAGCUCUUCCCCGACGAGAGAAUGCUGGAAGAGAAAGAAGAGCCGGGGUUCCUCACCGGCUUGAAAAUCCCGGCUCCUUGGGCUGCUGGCAAGACGGUGGAGACCGUUCACCCCGUCAGGGAUAACUACAAGUUUAAGGAGACGGUGCACAUCCCAGGAGCCCGUUGCUUGUACCUGAGGUUCGACAGCCGAUGCUCCUCCCAGUACGAUUACGAUAAGCUGGUGAUCUACGCCGGGCCCAACACGAACAGCCGGAAGGUUGCCGAAUACGGGGGCAACAUCUUAGGAUACGGCAGCCGGAGCGUCUUGGGGACCGGGUGGCCGAAAGAUUUAGUAAAGGUGGAAGGGGACACCGUCACCUUCUCCUUCGAAAUGCGGAGUGGCCGAGAACACAACACCCCCGAUAAAGCCAUGUGGGGCUUUGCCUGCACGGUCCGGGCGCAGGAAUCCUCGGAAGACGUCUCGGGUGGGUUGCCCUUCCUGGUGGACCUGGCCUUGGGCUUGUCCGUCCUGGCCUGCUCCAUGCUGAGGAUCCUGUACAACGGGCCAGAGAUCACCAAGGACGAGGAAACGUGUCAAGAGCUGCUGCGGUCCAAACUCUUGCAGAGGUGCCAGUGGCAAGUGGAAGCCAACGGGGUGAUCUCCCCAGCCCUCACGCCCAGCCCUUCCCCGCUGCCUCUCACCAUUGAGGAAGACCAGGAGUUCACGUACCCAUCAGACGUCCUUGUCCCGCCUGUGGGUCACUAUUUCGACCUGCCCCGAAUCCGACUCCCGCCCGGAAUCAUGAUCAAGCUCAGGGAAAUAUCUGGCCGUGCCCGACCUCAGUUUCGGCCCAGCAUCAGAGAGGUGAUCCAGCCGGACGUGAUGGAGGAAAUGGUGGUUUCGUGCGUGAUCAAGCACUUGAACCUCGUCGACGCGCUCCAGUCUCUCAUCAACUUCCAGUAUCAGGAGGAGCACGCCGAGGAAUACGACCUGCUCUGCAAAAUCAUGGGAGAAACCUUCAAGAAACUGAAUGCCAUGGAAAGACAACUGCAGAGUGUGGCUGAACUGGAGCAGAAAUGGCAGAGCGAGGUGGAAGACGCCACGCACGGGAAGCUGGAAAAUAACGUGCCCUUCUUCUACGAUUAUCACUUCAAUGAGAGCAAAAUGAAAGAGUUGGAGCUUCUGUGCUCGAUGAAGGAGAUUUCUUUUGACGGAGGAGAUCUCGAGAACAUGGUCCUUUCGCUGAGGGAGAAAUUCUUCCAGGAGGUGAACUCGGGGAUCCAGAAGCCUUCGCAUCCCAUGGCGAAGACCAAAAUCCUGGUCAAGAGCCUGAUGAACCGAGCAGAGCUGCUCCUGCACGUCACCAUCGCUGCCCAGUCGGGCCUCACCCGGAGCAUCUCCGGCACCCCGGCAGAGACGCCAGCGUGCAAGUCAGCCUCGGAAACCAAGGUCAUCUCCCACGCGGUUCGCCAGCCAGUCUUCCUCCGCAGCAUGUCGGCACCCUCGGAUCUGGAGAUGAUCGCAAACGAAGACCUGGAGUUCACCCGGUCCAGCCAGAGGCGGCGCCACGUUCCCAGCCACAGGAGCAGCUCCUUCACCCUCCUGCAGUCGCUGGCCAUCGAUGACAGCCGGGACAAGCCCACCUACAGCGUCCUGCUAGGACAGCUCUUUGCCUUCAUCGGAACCAAUCCUGAGCAAGCGGUGUCCAGCAGCAGCUUCCUGUUGGCCGCUCAGACGCGAUGGCGGCGUGGAAACACCCGGAAGCAGGCCCUGGUGCACAUGAGGGAGCUGCUGACGGCUGCGGUCCGUGUGGGCGGAGUGACGCACCUGGUGGGCCCAGUCACGAUGGUGCUCCAGGGAGGCCCACGAAUCGAAGAGCUCACCUGCGGAGGGAUGGUGGAGCAGGUGCAGGAGGCCUUUGGGGAGACCAUGACGUCGGUGGUGGCCCUGUGCGCGCGCUACCCCAUCGCCUGCGCCAACAGCAUCGGCCUGCUGUGCACCAUUCCCUACACCAGGAGCGAAGAGAAGUGCCUGGUGAGGAGCGGCCUGGUGCAGCUGAUGGACCGCCUGUGCAGCCUAAGCAGCCAGACUGAGUCCAGCUCCAGCGAGAAGCAGACCAAGAAGCAGAAGGUAGCCAUCAUGGCUUGGGCCGCUUUCCAGGUGCUGGCCAAUCGUUGCGUCGAGUGGGAGAAGGAGGAAGGGGGAUCCACCGAGGCCGUGCAUUCGGGCCUCGCUCGCCAGGUCUCCAGCCUCCUCACCAAUCACCUGGCCCGAGCCACCGAGUGCUGUGGCAACCAGGCAGCCGGCAACGAUGCCUUGCAAGACGUCCUCAGCCUCCUGAAUGACCUUUCCAGGAGCCACAUUGGCAAAGCCAUCCUCAGCCAGCCGGCCUGCGUCUCCAAACUCCUCUCUCUGCUUCUGGACCAGCGCCCCUCCCCCAAGCUGGUGCUCAUCAUCCUUCAGCUCUGCCGGGCCGCCCUUCCCCUCAUGAGCGUGGAGGACUGUGGGAACGUGGAGCUGCCCCCCUGGAGCUACUCCGUGCCCUCCCUGAACAGCGAGCAAGACGACCCCGGCGACCCGGCUUCCAAGAUCGCCUCCCUGCUCUUGGCCAAGCUGGCGGAUUACGUCGUCCCAGGAUGCCAGACGGUUCUCUCCCCCACCGCUUCGGAGCCAGACAUGUCCCUGGCGAAGGCGAACCCCAAAAGCUCCCUCAAAGGGGACAAAGACCCAGGAGAAGAGAGCGAGGCCGUGGACGGCAAGCUCUCCAUCUUCAUUCACAAGCGGGAAGACCAGUCGUCUCACGAGGUUCUCCAGCCGCUCCUGAGUAGCUCCGAAGGCCGCCCCUUCCGCCUGGGAACAGGGGCCAACAUGGAGAAGGUGGUCAAGAUGGACCGAGACAUGACCAAAAGCGGCUGCUGCGAGGUGAUCACAGAGGAGGCGGCGGCGGCUUUGCGGAAGGCCACCAAGUGGGCCCAAUCUGGGCUGAUUGUGAGCGUGGGCCCCCCGGUGGAGACGGCCAGUCCCGAAAGCACCAGCGGCCUCUCCACGGGGGACAAGAAGAAGACGGCUCAGACCUCCACCUGCAGGGAGCGGAACUCGGAGCUGGCCAGGACUGACCCCGUGCGGCCCUUCAUCAGCGGGCACGUGGCCAACAGCAUGGCGGCGGAGGUGAUCGCUCUGCUUCACAGCUUGCUCAUGGCGCCCGAGUCGAACGCCGCUCAGAUAUGGACCACCACCGCCGAGAAAGUCUUGUCUCGUGCUCUGAUGUACAUCCCCCAGCUGGGGAAAUACGCCGAGAGCAUCUUGGAGAACGGCAGCAGCAACGGAAGGAAGCUGGCCAAGCUGCAGAGGAUCGCUCGCCAAGCGGUGGCUGCCCUGUGUGCCCUGGGCGGCUUCAAGGAGACCAUCAAAAUCGGCUCCGAAGUUCAGGUGUUGGGCAGAGGAAUUGCCAGAAGCGUGGGAGUGGUGGCCUCCAUUAAUGAACAGGAAGGGAUAGCCACGGUCAAAUUCCCACCGGUCAACAUAGACUGCAGGAAGGCCUCCCAGGCCUCAGACAUUUUAACCGUUCCAUUAUCGAGGCUCUGCAUUCCGCGGUCAGAGGCCUUGCCUCUGCAGAAGCUGUCCAUCACCGAGAAGGUCGUGCAAGCCGUCCAGUCCAUGUUGCUUCCGCAGGAGGGCAGCCUGUCUAUCCACACCUCGCUUCCUGCCACGGGAGACGGCUCGACUCCGGUCAUGGCCGUGGUCCGUCUGCUGGCUGAAAUCCGAACCAGAGCAUGCCUGGUGAUGGCGCAGCUCUUGGAGGACACCUCCUUCUGUGAAGAAUUCAUCCAGCAGUGUCCAGCUGCGGUGGAAGUCCUCAACCUCGUAGCCCAGGAGUGCAGCCCCGGGGAGCGGCUCCUUGUUGUCGAAGCGCAGUGCGAAAGGUUACGGAUGCUCUACCGCGAUAGCGCUCGGCCACCCCCGCCUCCCCUCCAGGCAGACCGAAGACAGCCUAAAGAAAUCACCUGGAGCCCCUCAAGGGUCUUCCCACCUGUGCGAGCCUGCAUGUUCUCCUCCCAUCUCACCGCGGUGACCUUCCUGGCGGACCCCAGCGCUGGGGGAGGGCUUCCUCGGGGCACCUUCAUUUAUGCCACCUCGGCAGUUCCUGUGCAGGCGCCCUCUUUCUACUGGGAGAUCGAAGUCGUGUCCUACGGAGACGCAGAUGACGACACGGGCCCCAUUGUCUCCUUCGGCUUUGCCACGGAAGCUGAGAAGCGGGAUGGAGCGUGGACCAACCCCGUGGGCACUUGCCUCUUCCACAACAACGGGCGAGCUGUCCAUUACAACGGUUCCAGUUUGCUGCAGUGGAAGAGCGUGCGCCUGGAUGUGGCUCUCUCCCCCGGUGAUGUGGCAGGCAUCGGCUGGGAGCGGACGGAAGGGACCCCUCCUCCUCCAGGGCAGCCGGCCAAAGGCAGGGUCUACUUCACCUACUGCGGACAGCGGCUGGGGCCGUAUUUGGAAGACGUGUCGGGAGGAAUGUGGCCAGUGGUCCAUAUCCAGAAGAAGAACACCAAAGUCCGGGCCAAUUUUGGGUCUCAUCAGUUUGCCUACGUGGAGGGACAAGCCCACCGGAACGCCGCCGACCUCUGCAUCGAUCUGGCAGAAGAGAUCAGCGCCAACUUCGAAGUGCUGCCUUUCGCCAUGGCCUCCGACAGCGACAACGACGCCGGCACCAGUAGCGCUUCCGAUCCUGGGCCGCACGGGCCUCCUUGCAGGAUCGCAGCCGUGGCCACCGCUCAGCAACAGUACGACAGCGACUCCUCUUGCCAUUACAAAACGGAGCGCAGCUACGAGAACUUCACCGUCUCUGGACCGGACCUUCACCCUCCGCCCAUUGCGGAUGACGAGAGCGACGAUGACGACGACGACGACGUCCCGCGGGAGGACCACUACGCCCUGCUGGUGAAGGCCUGGGAGACCAAGGUCUUCCCCACAAUCAGGAGGCGCUUCCGCAAUGAAGCAGAGCGGAAAUCCGGCUUGGACCAGAUUAAGGGAGCCCUGCAGUUAGGGAUGGUCGACAUAGCGCGGCAGACGGUGGAGUUCCUCUACGAGGAAAACGGGGGCAUCCCUCGCGAUCUCUAUCUCCCCACCAUCGAGGACAUCAAAGACGAGGCCAACAAGUUCACCAUCGACAAAGUCCGGAAAGGUCUGACGGUCGUGACCCGCUACCCGGAGAGCAACAACGUGGCCACCAAUGCCGUGGCAACCGCCCUGCCCAAGUUUGCCAUCCGUGGGAUGUUGAAGACCUUUGGACUGCACGGGGUGGUCCUGGACGUUGAUUCGGUGAACGAACUGGUGCAGGUGGAGACCUACCUGCGGAGCGAGGGGGUCCUGGUCAGGUACUGGUACCCGAUCGACAUGCUGGAGCGACCCCCGGCUGGCUACAGGAGGACGGCCACCAACGGGCUGGUUUCUUUGGACAACUCCAACAUCCAGAUCCACAGGGAACUCCUCCGUUGCGAAGCCGUGCUGGCCUGCCUCUACUGCCGGAUGGCCCUGCUCAACAUCUUCACCCCCAAAACGCCCCACCUGUUCACUCAGCUCUUCAGCGUGCGGGAUAUCACCCUGGAGCACCUGCAGCUGCUCUCCAACCAGCUCCUGGCACCGCCCCUUCCAGACGGCACCAUCAGCUCCACGUCCAUCCUCCUGGCCCAGUCCCUCCAGCACUCCAUCCACUCCCAGAACUGCUCGGCCACCGAGCUCUUCUACCAGGGCAACGCCCAGACGGUCCAGGAGUGGCUCACCAUCGCCAUCGCUCGCACCCUGCACCAGGGGGAGGAGAGCCUGCUUGACCUGACCAGGCAGCUCUGCUGCUUCCUGCAGAAUGCCCCUGAGCAGUUCCCCUCGGAGGAGUUCCCCAUUUCUGAGUCCAAAGUCAACAUGGACGUCCAUUUCCCUGGGGCUGCGUUUGUCAUCGUCUCCUGCAAGGAGGGCCAGGCUGGAUUCCGCAAAGACUCGUCCCUCUACAAGGCCCCCUGGGCCCGGGUCUUGCUCUACGGCCUGGGCCACAAGGUCAAGAAGAACGGCCAGCUGAACCUCAUCGAGGCCGUGUGCUACCCUCGGGACGCUUCUCCCACCAACACGGGCCUGACCCCUCCGCCCACCACCAACCAGUAUCCUUCGGUCAUCAUCUCCACAGACAAGGUCCACAUCAAACUGGGCGUGUCCCCACCUCCUGGUGCCGUGCUGGUCCUGCACUCCCUCCCACUGGAGUUCCCGCUGGCCGUGGCGUUCGCAGAGCAGCUACUGGCCUGGAAGCAGGAGGACGGCGAGGGGAGGUCUGAAGACGAGCAGGACGCCAUCCCUGCCUCGGUGUUCCUGCAAGUAGUGGAAAUCCUAGGGAACUUCCUGUGGACCACCAGCAUGGCCCCCUGCGUGAAGGAGCUGCUGUUCCACCUCCUGGCCGAACUGCUGCGCAAGGUCCACAGCCUGGAGCAGCGGAAGAGCCCGGCGGGCCUCUCCUCCUCCAUCGCCCUGCAGCUCAACCCCUGCCUGGCCAUGCUGAUGGCGCUGCAGUCGGAGCUGCACAAGCUCUACGACGAGGAGACCCAGAGCUGGGUGUCUGGGAACGCCGGGGCUGGGGCCGGGGUGGGGGGUGCCGACCAAGGCAGGUUCUCCACCUACUUCCACGCGCUGAUGGAGGCCUGCCUGGCGGUGGCCGAAGUGACCCUGCCGGUCAACAUGGGCAUCACCACCAACGUCAUGUCUUCCACCAGCGGCCCGAACCUGAGCGAUUCCUCCUCCUCCUCCUCCUCCUCCCCCGGGCAGACCCCCCAGAGCCCCAGCCUCCUCUCCAAGAGGAAGAAAGUGAAGAUGAAACGGGAGAAGGCGGCCCCUUCGGGGAAGCGAUCCUCCUCCCGCGCAGCCGACACGGACCCGGCCCUGCUGGGCAUGGCGGGGAGCAAGCCAGAGGACAUGCUGUGGUUCCACCGGGCCCUCACCCUGCUCAUCAUCCUCCGGCACCUCACCAGGAAGGACCCCCAGGGCUUGGGGGUGACCAAUGACGCGGUGGCGGAUGCCUGCCAGGCCCUGGUCGGGGCGACGGCUCACAGCCGCCUGCUGGUGAUCUCCGGGAUCCCCACCCACCUGGAGGAUGGGGUGGUGCGUAGCGCCAUCCGCAAGGCCUGCAACGCCCACGGCGGCGUCUUCCGGGAUGAGAUCUACAUCCCGGUGCAGGAGGAGCUGCCCAGGAAGGCCAAGGACAAAGCGGAGGGCGGGGAGUGCCGGACCGAGCUGGAGAAGCCGGUGGUGUCCAGCAGCGUGGACAGCUUGGACGUCAGCAGCUCCAGCAGCGUCACGCCGGCCAUGAGCGUCAGCGCUUCCGCCUCGACCAGCCAGGCCUCGCUCUGCAGCUCGCAGGGCAUCUCCCGGACGGUCAGCGACAUUUCCGUGGACCAGUUCCAGGCCGGCCUGGAGGUGGCCGUCCCGCCCAGCCUGCUGGAGCCGCACGGGGUCUCCAGCCAGGAGAGCUUGGACCUGUCGCUCUGCAGCACCGGCAGCCUGGGCAGCCUGGGCAGCUUCGGGGAGCAGCUGGACAACGGGGAGACGGCCUCAGCCUCUGACGUGGGCUCCCUCUACACCGUCACCUCGCUCGGCAGCCAGACCGUCCCGUCCAGGCCCAUCAAGGGCUUCGCUGUGGUGGAGAUCAGAUCCCGGGCCAAGAUCGAGAAGAUCCGGGCCAGCUUGUUUAACAGCAGCGACCUGAUUGGCCUGUCCGCUCUGGACGGGGAAGAUGAGCUGAUGGAGAUGUCCUCAGAGGAGAUUCUGACCGUCUCGACCGUGAAUCAGAGCUUGUUUGAUACCCAAGGGAGCCCCGCACUGGAAGACUACUUCAGUGACAAAACCAUCAAAGGGGACAAGCUGGUGCCGGGUGCCCGCGAAGUCCUGACGGACAUCUUUAAAAGCUGCCUCCAUUCCGAGCAAAUGCUGAGCCUGUUGCCGGCCAAGCCCACCAAAGUGAUGGAGAUUUACCUGAGCAAAGAGCAGAUCAACGCCCAGGCGCCCGGCAACCUCUUGCACACCUUCUUCACCCACGUCCGUCCCCCCAAGAAGGCCCUGGAGGAUCAGCUGACCCAGAUCCUCAGAAAAUACGGGGUCGCCAGGCCGAAGUUUGACAAGAGCAAAUACAGCAAGGGGGGCAAGGAACAGCACCCCGUGAAGGUCGUGAGCACCAAGCGGCCAGUCACCAAACCGCCAGCCAAGGAGAAGGCCGUGCUGAACAGCGUCAGCAGGACAGCCCUGAGCGAGAAGAAGCCAACGGUGAAGGCCCGGUCUCCAGAGAAGGGAAAACCGGAGGAGAAGGACCCCGACAAAUCCCCCACCAAGAAGCAGGAGGCUCCCGAAGAGAAGUAUUUGACCCUGGAGGGAUUUCACAGGUUUGUCAUUGACCGAGCAAAGCAGGACAUCCGUAGCGUCUGGCGAGCCAUCCUGUCCUGCGGUUACGACCUCCAUUUUGAAAGGUGCGCCUGCCUCGACGCCAGGCACGCCCAGAAAGCCUGCCGCAAGUGGUCCUUGGAGAUGGACGUGGCCCUUGUCCGGUACAUCAACCGGCUCUGCCGCCACCUGGCCAUCACCCCUGCACGGCUGCACCCCCACGAAGUGUACCUGGACUCUGCCGAUGCAGCUGACCCCCAGGUCUCCUGCCUCUUGAGCGUCCCCAUCGAAAGCCUCCGCCUGCGGUUCGCCUUGCUGCAGUCCCUCAACACCACCCUGGAGACCUUCUUCCUUCCGCUGGUGGAGCUCCGGCAGACCAGGGUGUACCCCAACAGCAUCGCCGCCCUUCUGCAAGAGGCCAAAGGACUGAUUUUUUACGACACGAAAGUGACGGUCUUGAACCGCGUGCUCAAUGCCACAGUGCAGAGAACAGCUGAUCACGCAGCCCCCGAGAUCACCUUGGACCCCCUCGAAAUAGUGGGAGGAGAGAUUCGUUCGUCAGAAAAUUCCUAUUUCUGCCAGGCUGCCCGGCAACUGGCUUGUGUCCCGUCAUCGCAGCUCUGUGUCAAGUUGGCCAGUGGAGGAGACCCCACUUACGCCUUUAACAUCCGCUUCACUGGCGAGGAGGUUCACGGCACAAGUGGAUCUUUCCGUCACUUUCUUUGGCAGGUUUGUAAGGAGCUCCAGAGCACGUUGCUGUCCCUCCUUUUGCUGUGUCCAAGCUCGUCGGUCAACAAGAACAAGGGCAAAUACAUCUUGACCCCCAGCCCCAUCAGCUAUGGGGAGGAACAGCUGCUGCACUUCUUUGGGCAACUCCUGGGCAUCGCCAUCCGGGCUGACGUCCCUCUGCCUUUGGAUCUCCUGCCCUCCUUCUGGAAGAUCUUGGUAGGAGAACCACUGGAGCCAGACGUGGACCUCCAGGAGGCUGACGUGCUGACCUACAAUUACGUCAAAAAGUUUGAAAACCUGAACGACGAAACCGAGCUGGAGGCCCUGUGUGCGGAGAUCGCCUCCCAGCACCUGGCCAUGGAGAGCCCCGACAGCCCCAACAAGCCCAGCUGCAAGUUCACCUACGUGACCAUGACCGGCGAAGAGGUGGAGCUCUGCGCCCGAGGCAGGCACAUCCCCGUCGUGUGGGAGAACAAGGACGUCUACGCGGCGGCCAUUCGCAACCUGAGGUUGCACGAGCUGCAGACCGCUGAGUGUGUGAUGGCCGUGAGAGCCGGCCUGGCCUCCAUCAUCCCGCUGCAGAUUCUUACCUUGCUGACCCCCUUGGAGAUGGAACUGAGGACUUGUGGGCUCCCCUACAUCAACCUGGAGUUCCUCAAGGCUCACACAAUGUACCAGGUGGGGCUGAUGGAGACCGACCAGCACAUUGAGUUCUUCUGGGGGGCCCUGGAGAUGUUCACCCAGGAGGAGCUGUGCAAAUUCAUCAAGUUCGCCUGCAACCAGGAGCGCAUCCCCUUCACCUGUCCCUGCAAGGAUGGGGGCCCAGACACGGCCCACGUGCCGCCCUACCCCAUGAAAAUUGCGCCCCCGGAUGGCACUGCAGGCUCCCCGGAUUCCCGGUACAUCCGCGUGGAGACCUGCAUGUUCAUGAUCAAACUCCCUCAGUAUUCCUCGUUGGAGAUCAUGCUGGAGAAGCUCCGGUACGCCAUCCACUAUCGCGAGGACCCUCUCAGCGGCUGACCUGCUCCCCUCCGAGGGAGGGCCCUUCAGAGGACGCACCGGAGAAGCCGAGCCACGACCAGGCGAGAGCGGAAGGUGACCUUGCUCCUUGCCUUCCUUCUUGCGAUGGCCUUCGUGGAAGACUUCCGCUUCCUCUCCGUAGACUUCUCGGGUGGUGGGACUCGGUGGCGGCUGCCGCUGCUGCUGCUGCUGCCUUAUGGAAAACUUAGUCCGGGGACCGAGGUUUAGCAAUCCCGGGGGAUCCCCCCCCCCCAUUUCGUCCUCAUCGGAAAGGAGCUCGUGGCCAAAGGGAGAUUCGGGGAUCGACCGUGCCAGGGGAAGAUCUUCCAUCACCAUUUCUGAGUGCGUCGGUGAAGCAACCACAACUUGUUUUGAGGGAUGGAGUCAUAAUGUAACCCAACCAGACAAGCAGCAGCGUUUCCUCACUUUUUGCCAGGGUGGGUCGGAACUUGUUUGGGGCCACUUCACACAUUCCAUGGUGGGGUGACAAGCAGCCAAUUGCCAUGGUCGAAAGAAAGGGGGGGGAGGGGUGUUGGUCUUAUGGCUAGAGUGACCGCCCACUUGAUGGGCUCCGGUCCAGUUCGCCCCGAAGGUUCCACCUUGCGCUCAGAAAUGGUCCUCCCGAGAUUCCCUUCGGCAUGUGGGAGGAUCCCGGGCUCUUCCUUAGCAAAAGAUGGAGAGGAUCCACCCGGCUUUCGGGCUCUCGUUCCCACCGAGGGUUUCCAAGGGAACUCCCCAGGCGGACGCCACGGAGGCUCUCCUCGCCAGAGGCGCCUUAGUUUCGGAGGACGCGCCAAGCACCCCUGCCAAGCCUGCCUCGGAUGGAGCCGUUUCGGGGUCGCUUUCGAACUCAAGACUCCAAAGGCCCCGGUGCUAUCGGGGGAAAGCGCCAG